CUGUCACAACCUGUCAGUGUCGUGUGCGUCCAUUUCCACACAGUCACUCAUGUGCUUGAGUUUUUGUGUCACCCCCUGACCGCACAACUGCCUCCCUCAAUCCCUGCUUCCCUCAGUCCCUCACAGCACAGAGGCCACAUUGAGUUGACACACUGGCGGUAGCCUUCGUUCUGUUCAUUUUCCACGCACUCACAUCGACAUCAAAAUCACUUCUUUCAGCCCGUCUCCCAGUGAGCCAGUGUGUGUGCUGUCAGGUUGUAUCCUUGUUUCCUUGUUUCCGCUGCACGUUUUGGUUUGAGCGCCACCUCAGCCCCUUCUCUUCCAGCCUUCUCUCCCUCCCCUUGUUGUCCGCUGCAGGAGGGAAGAUGAGCGGGCUCAUCUUCAUUUCGAGUCGACUGCAGGAGGCUGCGCAUGAGUCGAUGGUGCUAUUCCAGCAGCUGCAGACAAGCAACGUCCACGUGUACAUGGAGGAUAUGGAGCGCCAAACUACACCUGAAGAACAAGCCGCAACCCACGAAGCCGUGCGGAACUGUCAGCUCGCCAUCAUUCUGGGCACAACGGACUACGGCAGGAACACCGAGUUUUCCUGGGACACCCACGACCAGCUGCAGUACAUCGUCCACAACAGAAAACCCUUCUUCCUCAUCAACGUGCGCCAGUGCGACUUUAGGCACCAGUACGCGCGCGAGAUCUUGAAGGGCUGGGAGCCGCAGUUUUGGUGGUUUGUCAACCCUGCGGACAGCGUAGGCUGCGUCCCGCCAGCCUUGAUGGACGAGCUCCUGCAACAUUUCCACGCGGCCAGGCUCAAAGAGCCCUCGCCCUGCCCAGCAGAUGCCGAGAGACAGUCAGAAUCCCCCAGCGAAACCGAGCAGCUGCCUCUGCAACAGUGGCUCGCUGCGCACCAGCUGAGCGACGCCAUUGGCAACGUGCUCAAGCGUCUGGACAUCACAAGCAUCCCCAGGCUGGAGCAGGCGACGGCGGCCCUCAGGUGCACGAAGCUGCGCAGAAAGAUCCAAAGAAACCCAAGUGCCCUCCAUCAAUAUAAACCCGGCGAAAACGUUGGCCAGGUGCUUGAAAGCAUGCUGAAGGAGGCACGGGUCAACGGAGAGCCCCUGGCGCCGGCACAGAUUGCACGGUUUGUGAGAGCAUGCAAGCUGCAGACGUGGCGCGGGAAUGCAGUUCAGGAUGACAAUGGUGCACGAGCCCCGAUGGACACAAGCGACGCACAGCAAGAGGAAGAAGCGGAAGAGGAGGAGGAAGCUGCUGCAGAAAGUGGGCAGCAGGGAAACCAGAUGCAGGAAGAGGCAGAUGCUCCACAUCCUGAUGCAGACCGUACAGAUUACAUUCUGGGACGCUUGCAGUAUGUUGACGUGGAACCGGACGUGUUCACCAAAAUCUUCAGCAUCUGGAACAACGCCUGUGGCCCCGAGCUGAGCCUGAGCAAAGCUCGGUUGGGCGAGGCUGGUGCACUGGCACUAGCCGAGGCACUGCAGGAGAAUAACACGCUUCACGCACUUGAUUUGAGCGGCGCCGACCUUGGGGAGGCUGGCGGGCACCACAUUGCCGAAGUGUUGAAGGUGAACCAGGCACUUCACACGCUCAACUUGAGUGAAACGCGGGUUGGACUGGAUGGAGCAUAUCUAAUUUGCCUGGCACUCAAGCAGAACCAGACGCUUCACACCCUCAACUUGUGCAGCACGUUAUUGGGUGAAAAUGGCGCACUUGCACUUGCCGGGGCAUUGAAAGAGAACCGCACACUGCACACGCUCGAUCUGGACUGCAACUUCUUGAGCGACACCGCCGGGACAGCCAUUGCUCAGUCGUUGCAGCAAAACAAGACCCUUCGUGCGCUCGAGCUGAACCGAUUUUGGGGCAUCUCUGACAGCAUCUUGACCAGCAUCAACGCUGCUGUGGCGCGAAACAGAAGGCACCAUGAGGCCCUUCCUUCAUUCCUUCAACAUGAACUCACCUCGCACACCACAAUGAGCGUCUUUGUGUGUGGCGAUCAGGGGACCGGCAAGUCCACGCUCGUGCGCUCGCUGCAAGUGAUUGGAACACCCUAUGAUCCACAGCAGUCGUCACGAGACGAGGCUGACCGGCCAGAUGAGAGAACGGUUGGCGUCGAGUUGCGCAGGGUCCGCAUUCCUGCCCCAAACAUGCCCGCACCUGCGCUUGACGAAGUUGGUUUUGGCCAGAGGGGGGCGGCGGCCUUGUUCUCUGGCGCUACGCUUGGCAGUGGGGAAGACGCCAACCACCCCGCCAACUGCGAUCUCCACGUGUUCGACUUUGCCGGAACAGCGGAGUACCACGUCGCGCACGAGCUGAUGCUGUCCGACCACAACGCCGUCUUCGUCGUGUGCGUUGCCCUGAGCACGGACUUCAACACGUUCCGCUCGUCCCUCUACCGCUGGCUCAGGUUCAUCAAGACUCGCCUGCACCAAGCAGCCGCGCACUCUUCCCAUGCACCGCCGCCCAAGGUCAUCGUGGUUGGCACGAGGGCGGACCAGCCGCAUCCGGGGCACCGACUUGCCAUUGAUAUUGGUGUCACGGCCGAUGUCCUGCGCUUCGAGCAGGGCGACGCCCUUCUUGCCAGCGAGGAAGUGGCGAGCUGGUUUGGCGGCAGCAUGGAGCUACACCCGCACGUCGUUGCCCUCAACUGCCACGACACCAGCAGCGACGAGUUGAGGCAGCUGGGAAACUUACUUCACAACAUAUGGGAGGACGUGCGAGCACGCGAGAAUCAGGUUCCCAUAGUGGCACGUGCCAUUGGUGAAGCUUGCGAGCAAACCAAGGAAGGACUGUGGACUAUCCAGAACCUCAUGCAGGAUCUGGCUGAAAGCGCACCUGACUUGGAGUUCAUCCCCGACGCCGACAGAACCAUCAUCAGAAGCUCGCUCAGCCACCUCCACGUGCGCGGCAACCUGCUGUGGUUCCAGUCAAUGCCGUCCCUUCGCGACCACGUCUUCAUCUCGCCCUUCUGGCUGCUCAGUACCAUCCUUGGGCCCGCACUCGCACCUGAAGACUUUCACGACAUCAAACAGCUGAGACCGCGUGAUGGGGAAGUGACACUGCAGGAGAUCAGGGCGGUGUAUGGCGAUCUUGUGCCGGCAGAGCAGGUCGUGGAUGUGCUGUCCAACAUGCUGCUCUGCUACGAGCUUCCACCACCUGGGAAUGAUGAAGCAGCGACUCCCCGCUACAUGCUGCCAUUUCGACUGGGAGCGACCGAAGGCGUUGAAUGGGCAGAUGACGGCCAGGCGCACGUGUUUGGUGGCCGCCGCUUCCUCAUUCGUGAAUCGAGCGGGAUGCUGUUUCCACCUGGCCUGUUUCCUCGCCUGCAGACAAGGGUCGCAGCGCUGUUUGAUGCAGGGAGCACCAGCUUGUGGCGGAAAGGCUUCCAUGGCCGACUGUUUGACACCAUCGAGUGUUUUGGUCGCAUUGAUGGCGACAGCAGCAUCGACCUCUGGGUUCGUGGCAUGCAAGGCGAAGCAGAACUUGCCUGGCUGGCACUCUCAAUGGUGCUGUUUGAAGCCGAAGAAGAAGCCAAAGGCAUUGCGUACGACCAGCUUGUCCUGAGCCACGCCCACCUUGCGUCGUACCGCCCAAGCCCCGCUGCCUAUCCGUUGGAGCAAAUCGAGCACGCCCUUGGUGCAGGACAAAUACGCGUAUCUCGAAUGACCCCGCGUGAUGAUGGAAGCGGUGGGAAGGAGGGCGUCAUGGACGAGCUCAACAGCUUGCUCCGCGAAGACUUGUUCCUUGGAGCCCGUGCAAUGGCCAGUCGUACUCAAAGCUGA